AUGGGUAAAACCGUCUACAGACUGAAGAGAUUUUUGCGACAGGCCCAGUUGCUCCUCUUCUUUCUGGGCGUGGCUUACAUCAUGGCAGGCAGUGUAGUUCUGCUCCAGCGCUCCAACAUGGCCCUGUUUCAGAGAGAAACCAAUGUGCCGUCAGAAUCGCUUUCCAUACCUUUAAGAUCUCUGGAUGCACCAAGUAUUAAUCUGGACCUGGCUGAUGGUAGAGCAAAUCAGGAGCAUUUCAUGUCCAGAAAGCUGAAGCUCAGACAUCUGAGGUGCCAGGAGAACAUGGCAGAACACAAUCCAUCGCAGAGAGAAACCAGACAAAUAGGAACCUACAUCGGCUGUUUUACAAACGAUGACAAACAGCUAGCGCUUGGAGGGACCGUUCUUUAUGACUUGCGCAAAAUGACCAGUUCCUUAUGCCAGGACACCUGCUCACAGAGUGGGUACCGGUUCGCUGGGUUGGAAUAUGCCACAGACUGUCAUUGUGGGAACCAUAUCGGUGCCCCUCGGGCACGGAAUGAGGACUGCUACCUGGAGUGCAGGGUAGAAAGGGGCUCGCCAUGUGGAGGUGUGGCCAGACUGUCAAUCUACAAAGUGGAUGAAUGGAUUUUUGGACACAGGAGAUACAGAAAUGUGCACUAUUAUGGCUGCUUCCAGAUUCCAAAAAACACCCUCACCGGCUUCCAGCUCUACAUCAGCCAGCCUAAUGUGACCUCUCAGCUGUGUGUGGAGACCUGCACUGAUCAGGAGCUGCCUUUAGCCGUCCUGAGGGGGCGGGACUGUUUGUGUGGCCACACCUCCUCUUUUCCUCUAAUGCAGAAGACUGUCGAGGAGCAGCUAUGUGGGUGGAGCGAACCUGAAAACCACACCUCCAGUGCUGACUACUUACAGGUGUACAGCACACCUCUGCUAGAAUCCCAGUGCAGGGAGAAGAUGUUUCUGCCAGAAAGUACCUCAUCCCUUAUCGCGUUGUCUAGUUUUCCGGGAGCUGGCAACACCUGGUUGCGCCACCUCAUUGAACUUGCCACAGGCUUCUACACUGGCAGCUACUACUUCGAUGGCUCUUUGUACAACAAAGGCUUCAAGGGAGAAAAAGAUUACUGGAGAAGUGGAAGAACCAUCUGUGUAAAGACGCAUGAGAGCGGCCCAAAGGAAAUCGAGGCGUUCGACUCUGCCAUCCUAUUGAUCCGGAACCCGUACCGCUGCCUCAUAGCUGAGUUCAACCGCAAGAACGCCGGGCACCUGGGAUAUGCAACAGACUCACACUGGAAGAGUCAAGAGUGGCCAGAGUUUGUGGAGAGCUACUCCUUGUGGUGGGUGUCCCAUGCCCUGGCCUGGCUGAAGUUCCCCAGGAAUGUUCUGGUGGUGCACUAUGAGAAGCUCCAAAUGGACCUCGUCACCCAACUCCGACACAUCACGUCGUUCCUGAACGUCAGCGUGUCCGACGACAGACUUCUGUGCGCUGACAGUAAUCGAGACGGUCAUUUCAAACGUUCCAGAACCCAUGACCUUAGUUUUGACCCUUUCUCAGUGGACAUGAGGACGCGUAUAGAUGGGUACAUCCGGGAGGUGGAUCGUGCCCUGAGAGACAGAAAUCUAACUGGUCUGCCUCAGGAAUAUAUGCCUAGAUGAUACACAUCCAGAAUGAAUAAGAACAUGUGGAUGUAUAGAUUUACUUCUAAGAAAAGAUGAAAGAGGGGUGCUUGGGUGGUGCAGCGGUAAAACAAGAUGGCCCACCAGUGCUGAGAUCUUAAGCUCUUCAGUUCAAAUCUCAGCUCUGCUAUCAGCUGUCAGCGGUUCCUCUGUGCUUGGGCUACUAUGAACUCUGCUUACAGGUUGAGCCGCCUGUAUGGGGGCGUGUGGCUUUCUACAAAUGAUGCUUUGGUGAGACCCCACCCCUGGUAGGUGAUAAAAAAGCAUUCUGUGUGUGUCAGAGGGGGACAGCUUCAGCCCUCUUCAAUGAGAGAGAGAUAAACUCCAGUUGCCAGCGACUGAAUUAGGUAAAAAAAAAGAGUCGAUUGGAAAAAAGAGAGAAGAUGGAAGAGUACAUCUAAAAAGUGCCUAAAAAAAUCACAUUGACUACAAGCUUCUGUGGCCUUUAGGAAAUGUGGAGAGCAGUUUAUCACAUUCUUGUUUUGCUUGUGUUUAUUUCCUGCUGCCCUUGAAUAAAGGGCAACUCAGUUUGUGGUUUGUACAAAAUAAAUGCCAUAGUUGAACUGCAUGGCUGUAUAAUAUAUAUAUAUAUUUUUAAU